AGUUGGAGGUGAACAAACUAACGUUGGAUCCAACGCCAAUGCCAUCAACAUUGGCCAGACCAACCAGAACGGAGGAGGAAAGGGAUCAGGAUAUCCAGCUCCACAAUAUGACUCCAAAUACGCUCCAAGCUACCCACAACCAAACACCUAUGUCCCACAAGUUCCAAGCUACGGAGGAGCUGGAGCUGGAGAUGUUAUCAAGAACAAUCUCUUCAAC